AUGGACGAUAAGGCAGAGUCCGUGCGCCUGCAGCCGGUGUCCGACUCAGCAGAAGCCUCAUCCCCACUACCCACCAAAGAUGAAGCCGAAGAAGAUUACGAUCCACAUCGACACCGGCAGGUGUCGAAACCGACUAAUAACAUCGAAACUCUAGUGCAUCUCCUGAAGUGCAGCUUGGGAACUGGUAUCCUGGCUAUGCCGCAGGCGUUUGCUCGCUCUGGACUUGUCACUGGUGUUAUAGCCACUGUCCUGGUUGGCAUACUAGUCACCCAUUGUCUGCAUGUACUCGUCCGGUCACAGUAUGCGGCGUGCAAGCAUCUCCGAGUGCCUCUUCUUUCGUACCCCGAUUCCGUAGCCACGACAUUGGGCUGUGGUCCACAAGUUCUUCGCAAAUUCGCUCGGCCCGCAGCUCUUGCAGUAGACAUUUUUCUCGUCGUCUAUCAGCUCGGCAUCUGCUGUGUUUAUAUUGUAUUCAUCGCAGACAAUAUAAAGAAGGUAGUCGAUUCAUACUACGUCAUGCCGGCGGAGAUUCACAUGCUGAUAAUACUUGGUCCCCUUAUAGCGUUCAAUUUGAUACCAAGUCUGAAACUACUGGCCCCUUUUUCUGCACUGGCUAAUUUAAUGACGUUUGUGGGACUUGGUAUUGUGGUAUAUUAUUUGGUGAUUGGAAAGAAGCCUAGCGCAAGAGAUACACCGCUAGAUUUAUGGGGGUCUAUAGAGACAUUUCCACUAUUCUUUGGAACAGUAUUGUUUGCAUUAACAGCUGUUGGUGUUGUUAUAGCACUGGAAAAUAACAUGAAAACACCAAAAGCGUUCGGCAAGCCUCUUGGAGUGUUGAACGUUGGAAUGACAAUCAUUGUGUUGCUCUACGUGGCGGUUGGGGCUCUGGGUUACGUGUACUGCGUGUCAGAUUGUAGAGAUUCUAUCACAUUGGAUCUGCCAGAAAAAGAUCCGCUAGCUACCAGCGUGAUGGUGAUAUUCGCGAUUGCGAUAUUCAUCAGCUACGGCUUACACUGCUAUGUACCGGUGGAAGUUUUAUGGAAAGGUUACUUGCUGCCACGCGUUGAAAGUUCGACACCACAAAAAGUUCGUCUAUACGAAUACGCUCUUCGGAUUGGACUGUGUUUACUCACUUUUAUCUUGGCGGUAGCAGUUCCACGUCUGGGACUUUUCAUAUCACUGUUUGGAGCGCUCUGCCUAUCAGCGUUAGGUAUAUGUUUUCCAGCAUUAAUGGAAAUCUGCGUUGCAUUCCCAAAACGAGCCAGCGCUGCGAGGACCAUACUUUUCGGAAAAGAUGUCAUAUUAUUUGUGAUAGGAGUUAUUGGACUACUAGCUGGAACAUAUACAGCCUUGGACAGUAUCAUUCGAUCAUUUGCGCCCACCGCAAACGCCUAAUCUUCUAAAAGCAAGAUUUAUCGCUCUGGGAUGGGUUGUCACACUCUCGUCGACUUGAUUUAAAUAAAAUUUAAUGUUUGCACUUAUUUACUAUAUAUAUAGUAUCAUUAUUUUAUAGGCAUACAUAAGACUAUAGAGAAUAAGUUAUGAGUUGUACAUGCUGUUUUUGUAGAAAAAAAUUCGAGGACCUUAAAAAUGGUUCUUGAUUUCUUUUACCGAAUUUUUUUAAAAUGUUUAUUGGUGACGAAAAAAAAAUUGAUUUGGAUUUUAUGAAGUAAAUGUUUUGUGAGAGUGUGACGUUUCCAGGAUCACGUGCCUUGUAGCUGAGCUUCUGCAUGAGCUCCUGUCUAUUAGUAUCUUAAUAGUGCUGGCGAAAUUUAUAGUCGCUGACAUAUCCGUUCGUAAAAAUUUCGAAUGAUUGUAUACACUCCUUUUAGGUAUAUAGUUUCAUCCCGCGUGACUCUAUCCCUACAUUCAAUUUUGGUGUGAUAUUAAGUGACUUAAGGGUUACUAAAAACUGAGUAGCUUGAAAUUGUACAUAGAUUCGACUAAUUUAAUUACGAUUCUUUAAUCUUGUAACACAUCCUGAUAAAGGAAUUUGUCAAUUGCUAUAACACUAUGACCACCACGGGAAUUAGCGAUGAAUACAACCAGCACUCAUUCUAGUGUAAAUUUUGUAGAAACCUUUGUAGUGAAAAUUGUAGUUAUUUAUUUUUAAUAGUGAAUUGUUUUACGUACAUGAUAUUUUUCAUUGGAUGUGUUCUGUUCAAGCGCAAUUAAUUAUAUAUAAGUAUUAUAAAUUUAUUAAUUAAUGCAAUCUGUAUUAUAUUUAAAUAUACAUUAAAUAGCUAUAAUUUCUUUGACAUUGUUGUAAAUUUAAUUAAUUCUGAAUUAAAUUUACAUAAUAAAUAUUACGAUUUGUGAAAAAAGAAACUGAAUUCGUCGCUUCGUCGAAGUCAUUAAGCUACAUUUUAAUUUUAUAUUUUAAUAUAUUGUAUAUCAAAAUAGAAAGUUUGGCAGAUCAAUCUCGACCAGAAUCUAUUAAGGAAUUGAUAAUUUUUCAAUUAGAAGCUAUGCUAAUUCUGGUUCACUUUCCGUUUUGAAUGAGACUUUUGAGAAUAGUUAAGAUUGGAAAUUAAAUUUAAUAUAUCUG